AUGCAGUUUAAUGUUUUCAACAGGUUAUGGAAGCUGUGAGAAAACAUGGUGUAAAACUCACAACUAUUCUGACCACUCAUCACCACUGGGAUCAUGCUAGUGGAAAUGAAAAGAUGGUUAGGUUAAUGCCAGGGCUGAGGGUCUACGGAGGAGAUAACCGAGUGGAUGCAAUUACAAAGAAAGUCUCUCAUUCUAAAAAUUUGAAAGUCGGAUCACUCAAUAUCAAAUGCCUGUUCACACCAUGUCACACAACUGGUCACAUCUGCUACUAUGUUACGAAAGAAGACAGCACAGAGCCCCCAGCUGUUUUCACGGGAGACACGCUGUUUAUGGCCGGUUGUGGUAAAUUCUUUGAGGGUACAGCAGAGCAGAUGUACAAAGCCUUGAUAGACAUUCUGGGACAACUGCCUCCAGAAACUCGUGUUUAUUGCGGUCACGAGUACACCGUCAGCAAUCUGAAGUUUGCGCGUCAUGUUGAGCCAGACAAUGAAGUAAUUCAGGAGAAGCUAGCAUGGGCAAAGGAGAAAUGCAGCAACGGGGAACCUACCGUCCCUUCUACUUUGGCGGAAGAAUUCACAUUUAACCCCUUUAUGAGAGUCAAAGAGAAGUCCGUGCAAGACCAUGUCAAGGAGACGAGCCCGAUUGAAACCAUGAGAAGUCUCCGGAAAGAAAAAGAUGGCUUCCGGGUGCCCAAGGAGUGAUUUCCAGUGUACUCAUGCUGAAUGGUUCUUUACUGCUUAAAACACUGCAAGCUGUCAAUAGUGAAGUACAGAAUAAAUAUCUACAAUUCAUCUUCAAACACUAUAAUCAUAUCUAGGACAUUCUCUCUUAGGCAAUGCACACAUAUUUUUUCAUCAUUAAAUUCAGCCCUCAUGAUAUGGCUAGGAACUUGUUUUAAUUAUAUUUGGUUUGUACAGAUGAAAUUGGUGCGGUAGUUUUAAGGAACAUUUAGCUUUUAAUUGAGUGCUUGAAAUGAGAAAGUUUGAUCAUGUGUAAAUCUGAGUAUAAGGGUCUAUUUUAAUGUUAUUUAAAAUAUUAAAUCAAUGUUAAAACUACAAUUGUAGUUUGUUUGUACAAAAGUGUUUCAAAUUAAAUGAUAAUAAUUAAUUUAAACUUAAAUAAGACCGGGAGAUGCUUGAGGAACAAAUGUUGGAAUGUGUAAAGUUUCUGUAAAUUCAUAAAAAAAUGACUUGAUUGGUA